AUGUCCUAUUCGCGUAAGAUAUCAUUCAUGACACGUGAUAAGGACCCAGACAGUGCAGACAGGGGAUGCGAGUUUUGCUUUGUUUGUUGGAGCGCAUUCAAAAAGGACGCAGCCAAAUACGUGGAUAGACUUUUGCGUGGCGAAUCGCCGUUCCCUGGAGGAUCGGAAUGGACGCCAGCGAUAUGGCUGAACGGGAACCAAUUCGGCCAUCCCACCUCUGGCGAUACCAUUGCAGUUAGUUGCGGGAGGCGAGGCCCCAAGUCAGAAUUUUGGCCAGAGGUGAAUCCGGAGCCCAUCGAAGCAGUGUUGGAGGUGUACGAGGAACCGGGCACUCCGUCCAAGUACAAUAUCAGGGGGCGAAGAAGCACAUCGUAUCAAAAUCCCGAGCUCCAUGUCGCUCUCAUAAAGCAAUGGAUGGCCACAUGUCGCGCCCAUCACCCUCACUGCUCACUUACAAGGGGAUCCGAAAUGCCCACCAGAGUAAUCCAUGUUGGGGAUCCCGCCAACAACAGACAGCCAAGGCUCGUUCCCACUGCUGAACGUGGCAUUUCUGAGCCAUAUGCCGCCCUGUCGUACUGCUGGGGUCCCAACACGGCUGAUGCUCCAAAACUGACUGACGCCACGUACUCCUCCUUCGUACAGGGCAUCAACGAGUCCAAGCUGUCCAAGUCGCACGAGGACAUGAUACAUCUUGCCCGCGCUCUCGGUAUCAAUUACGUCUGGAUAGACGCUCUAUGCAUCAUCCAGUUCAACACGGCCGACUGGGAGCGCGAAUCGAAACGCAUGGCUGUAGUUUACGGAAACGCUGCGCUAACCGUUAUAGCUGGGCGGUCAUCAGACUCGAAACACGGCUUCAUAGCGAACAAUUCAGAGCAAAAUAGGAUAUUCUGUGAAUUACCUAAAGAAGAGUCAGAAAAAUCGACAAUCAUGGUUGGUCUGAAGAGAUCCCCUGGGAUCGGCCCGACUUCGACCAGGGCAUGGUGUUUCCAAGAAAGGCUUCUCAGCCAACGGGCCGUUAUUUUUGGCGUAGAACAACUCAGGUUCUCUUGCAGGUCGGGAUCAGUGUAUGAGGACGGCUUGAAGACCACUGGGAAUGCCGGUUCGAAGCUGCUGGGAUUAGCACCAAUAAAACCACCGUCUCAGAAUGAGCAGCACGUAAUGCAUGAGGCCUUGAAAGAGUGGUAUGGGCUUUUGUUUCCGUAUACCAAGUGCCAGCUUUCUAAUCCGCACGAUGCUUUCGCCUCUUUGGCUGCCAUAGCACAGCAAGCCGCCACCGUCCUCAAGUCGCGCUACCUGGCCGGCAUCUGGGAAUGUGAUAUUGUGCGAGGGUUGAUGUGGCGGCCUACAUACCACGUCACACCUAAUUGGAAGCCAACUACGCGGCCAAAGCCUACGUCAUUAACAGGGCCUUGUCAAAAUAUUAUCCGCGCACCAUCUUGGUCAUGGCUUUCUGUUGAAGGAGAAGUAUCACAGGAGUCGUUUAUUCCUCCCAAGGUGGCCUUGUAUAAGGAUCAGUCGAAUUUAAAGAUUCGACCCAUAUCUCUUCAUCCAGAUAAGUGGUCAGAGGAUUCCGAGUGUGGAGUGGACAAGCUACACAUGCCAGCCUGUGAAUUACGAUUCAUGGGACGUGUGGUCGGGGCCCGAGUACUUGAAGAAUCACCCAGGUUGCGCUACACUGGCCUCAGAAAGUCGAUACAAAAGCCCGUCAGAACAUUAACACCCGGAAAAUACAGCGUGUUGAUAGUGGGAACUGGAGCUCCGGGUGGUAGACUGGACUCAGAUGAGCUCCUAAAUAAUGUAACCGCCCUGGGACACUUUGAUGUCCAGGAAGAAAGAGUGGGUUAUGGACUCAUCCUCAAGAAAAACUCUAAUGGGUCAUAUAGCCGUCUUGGGUGGUUCAUGCUAGAGCAAGAUGAAUGGUUUAGGAGUCAAGUUGAGACGGAUGUGAGACUUCGAUAA